AUGGCCUCUCUUGCUGCUAAACGUCCUGUUGUGUCUGUGCUCUCUAUUGACGGUGAGAAGAGUACUGUCAUUUCACAAGUGGUACUUCCUGCUGUGUUUACGUCCCCUAUUCGUCCAGAUGUGGUCAAGUUUGUCCACACGAACAUGGCCAAGAAUCGUCGUCAAGCCUACGGUGUAUCACGUGAAGCAGGUCAUCAACAUUCCGCUGAGUCAUGGGGUACAGGUCGUGCUGUAUCACGUAUUCCUCGUAUUCAGGGUGGAGGUAACCAGAGUUCUGGACAAGCUGCAUUUGGUAAUAUGUGUCGUGGUGGUCGCAUGUUUGCUCCUACACGUAUUUGGCGCAAAUGGCAUCGCAAAAUUAACGUGAACCAGCGUCGCUUUGCUGUAGCAUCGGCUCUUGCUGCUUCGGCUGUGCCUGCUCUUGUGAUGGCCCGUGGCCAUCGUAUUGACAAGAUACCAGAGGUACCUUUAGUCCUUGACGACACGGUGGAGUCUAUUCAAAAGACUACAGAAGCUCUUAAGAUUCUUGCCAAAAUUGGUGCUGAUGUUGAAGUUGAGAAAGUGAAAGCUUCAAAGAAGGUCACCACUGGUCGCGGCAAGUCCCGCAACCGUCGCUACACGAUGCGUCGUGGUCCUUUGAUCGUUUAUGCCAACGCUAAUGGUGCUGAGAAAGCAUUCCGUAACAUUCCUGGUGUCGAGCUUGCCAACGUGGAGCGUCUUAACUUGCUGCAGCUUGCUCCUGGUGGCCAUCUUGGUCGCUUUAUCAUCUGGACUAAGUCUGCAUUCCAGAAGCUGGACACUUUGUAUGGCACGUAUUCCAAGAAGUCGGUUUCAAAGGCUGGUUACCAGCUUCCGCGUCACUUGAUGAAUAACGCUAAUCUUGGCCGUCUGAUCAACUCUGAUGAGAUCCAGUCGGUUGUGCGUGCUGGCAUAUACCAGAAGCACCGUCGCUUUCAGAAGAAGAAUCCGCUCAAGAACUUGGGCGCUAUGGUUAAGCUCAAUCCGUAUACACUGGUGGCCCGUCGCGCUGAGCUACGUGCCGAAGCCCUGCGUGGUGAGAAAAAGAAGGCAUUGAUGGAGAAGAACCGCAAGAACACGUGCGCGACGGACCCGAAGCGUAAAGCCCAGUCUCGUGCCCUGUUCGCGAAGAACUCGUCCGACUAA